AAACCUUCAUUAUUAGUUUAUCUUCAGAAAUAAAUUGCACUGCCAAUUAAACUAUCUAAAAAGCAAAAAUGGCGAGCACUAAUAAGGGCAAAAUGGUAACAGUGUUGAGUAUCGAUGGAGGCGGUGUUAGAGGCAUAAUUCCCGGUGUCCUUCUCGUUUUUCUUGAAUCUAAACUUCAGGAAUUGGACGGACCAAAUGCGAGAAUUGCAGAUUAUUUCGACGUAAUUGCAGGGACGAGCACCGGUGGCCUGGUAGCUACCAUACUGACAGCUCCGGGGAAGGACAAAAGGCCAAUUUAUGAAGCAAAAGACAUCACAAACUUCUAUCUUGAACAUUGUCCCAAGAUUUUCCCACCCAAGAGCCGGAACAACUUGUUUAAUACGGUAACUAAUCUGUUCGGAGGGCCUAAGUAUGAUGGAAAAUACCUGAGAACCUUGACAAACGAGUUGCUAGGGAAUUUGACCAUUAAAGAUACCUUAACUGAUGUAAUUAUACCAAGUUUUGACAUCAAACUUCUUCAGCCUGUUAUCUUUUCAACCGAUGAGGCAAGAAUAAAUGGUCUGAAAAAUGCUCGGCUAGCGGAUAUUUGUGUGAGCACCUCUGCCGCUCCUACCUAUUUGCCAGCACAUUCCUUUACGGUCAAGAAUGAUAAAGAAUCUCACACUUUUGAUCUUGUAGAUGGCGGGGUUGCAGCGAAUAAUCCUACUAUGCUGGCGAUAUCACACGUUAUGAAUGAAGCAUUGCUGAAAAAUCCAGAGUUUGUUGAUGUAAAACCAAAUGAGAGCAAGAAUAUGCUAGUUCUAUCUCUAGGAACUGGAGCACCAAAACAUGAGGCAAAAUAUGAUGCGGCCAAAGCAUCUAGUUGGGGUCUGAUAGGUUGGGUUUUGAACAAUGGCAAUAAUCCGAUCAUUGAUAUUUUUAGUAACGCGAGCUCGGAUGUCGUAGAUUUUCACGUCUCCGCUGUUUUUCAGUCUCUUCAUUCCGAACCGUAUUACCUUCGCAUUCAGGAUGACACAUUGAGCGGUGAUGCAUCAUCAGUUGAUAUUUCAAGCAUAGAGAAUUUGGAAAAGCUUGUAGAGAUUGGUAACGAGCUACUUAAAAAACCUAAAUCAAGAGUCAAUUUGACGACUGGUUUGCAUGAAAACAUUGCAGGAGGAGGCACUAAUGAAACGGCUCUCACUGAUUUUGCAAGAAAGUUAUCAGAAGAACAAAAACUUCGCCGCCAACACCAUCAAUAACUCAACUGAAAUUGUCGUAUAAAAAACUAGGUAGAAGAUACAAAAAAACUCCUUCAAGUUUUUUUUUUUUAAAGAACACACAAGCUUUUUUAGUUAUUUUCACACCAUUUGAGCCUCCAAAGUUUUUAAAUAGUGCAUACAAAUCUUCACCAGUGAAAGAAUCACAAAAAUAAUUAAAAUUUGGUAAAAAGAAACUAAAAAAUGUUGUGUGCCCUUUUUGAUUUUUUUUU